AUGGCUUCCGAAGAUCCAUUUGUGAACGGCUUAGAGAAGCCUGACCCGGCGAGUGCUAUGAGCAAUCCGGGGUCAAUCGUUGCCAGAGAUCAAGAAGAUUCCGAUCGUAAAGCUGAGAAAUUUGCACUUGGUCGGCGAGGUCAACUGGUGUUUUUCACCUUGGCUGUCCUCACUCUAAUGGCCGCUCUGGACGGAACUUCGCUUUCUGUUGCUUUACCAACCAUUGCCAAGGCCUUGAAUGGCACAGCUAUUGAAGCCUUUUGGAGUGGAACGUCAUUCCUUCUGUCUUCAACAGUUUUCCAACCAAGCUUCGCAUCCUUAUCAAAUAUCUUCGGUCGUCGCCCAAUGGUCCUGGUCGCCAUUCUAUUCUUCUGUGUCGGCGCCAUUAUCGCUGCGGUCGGCAACAACUUCACCUACAUGUUGGUUGGGCGAACUAUUCAAGGUAUCGGAGGUGGUGGUAUCAUUGCCCUGAGUGAGAUUAUUGUCACGGAUCUUAUUCCAUUGAGAUAUCGGGGUCAAUACUUUGGUAUCCUGAGUGCUAUGUGGAGUCUUGGUUCUGUGACAGGGCCAAUUCUUGGUGGGGGUUUCGCAGAAAAUGUGACUUGGCGAUGGAUCUUCUACAUCAACUUCCCCUUCAUUGGGUUUGGUGUCGUUUUCGUGGUUCUUUUCUUGAGGCUCAGCAUUCUCCCAAGCUCACUGGUCGAGAAACUCCGUCGCAUUGACUACGUUGGAACCGUCUUGUUCGUUGGCAGCAUGUCAUCAUUCUUAAUUCCCCUUACCUGGGGCGGAGUAUCGUACCCUUGGGAUUCAUGGCAUACACUGGUACCAUUGAUUAUCGGUGCAGCUGGAUUAUUCGUCUUCGCCUUCUACGAAUAUCGCUUUGCCGCCGAUCCUAUCAUCCCUCCAAAGGUCUUCCGCAAUCGUACCGCAACAGUGUCUUUCAUUGGAAGCGUCUUGCAGGGAUUGAUACUGUGGUGCACACUGUACUAUCUUCCACUUUACUAUGAGGCUGUGAAGGAGUAUAGCCCAAUCAUCUCUGGAAUUGCCCUUUUCCCAGAGACCUUCACAGUUGCGCCAAGUGGCAUGGCAGCAGGCAUUCUCAUCACCAUUACAGGCCACUAUCGUUGGGCAAUCUGGCUUGGCUGGGUAGUAUCUACCAUCGGUCUGGGAUUGAUGUGCAUUAUAAAAUCUUCGACCAGCAUUCCAGGCUGGAUCCUGCUUAAUGUUGUUCCAGGCAUCGGACUCGGCCUGCUCUUCCCUUCGCUGGGCUAUGCGGUACAGGCAUCAGCAACUUCGGAAAACUUGGCGAUUGCGGUCGCCAUGUUCAGCUUCUUCCGCGCUCUGGGUCAGGCAGUCGGUGUGGCUGUUGGUGGUGUUGUCUUCCAGAACCAGAUGCGCAAUAAUUUGUUGAAAUAUCCUGCGCUUGCACCCAUGGCCGAUUCUUACAGUCAAGAUGCCGCUGGGCUGGUUCAGAUUAUCAAGGGGAUGGCAGACGGUGUGAACAAAUCCGAUCUCAAAGAUGCGUACACGGAUAGUUUACGCAUUGUGUGGGCAGUUUGCUGUGCGAUUUCGGGUGUUGCUCUUUUACUCAGUCUCCUGACCGAGUCUUAUGAUAUUGACCAGACCUUGGAAACAAACCAGGGUCUCCGGGAUCCGGAUGAGAAUAAUGAACCUACCGAGAAGGAUCUGGAGGCCUCUGCCGGCAACGCUGUCCAGAAGACAACACCUUGGGCCUAUUGA